AUGUCGGACUGGGGCCCAAUAUUUGUGUCAUUUGUGCUGUUCGUGUUGUUAACACCGGGCCUCCUAUUUCAGUUACCUGGUCGAUCAAGAUAUGUUGAGUUCGGGAAUUUUCAGACAAGUGGUGCCGCCAUUGUCAUUCACUCACUCCUAUAUUUUGGUUUCAUCUGUGUAUUCUUGCUGGCUAUUAAGAUAUUGGUGAUCACUAUCAGGUUGUACAUAGUUUAUACACUAACAUAUUUAUUUGUUGUGAAAGAGCUAGCAAUUUGUGAAAAGGUGAUGGCGGAUUGGGGUCCAGUGGUGAUAGCAGUGGUGCUGUUCGUGCUACUAAGUCCAGGGUUGCUGUUUCAGCUUCCUGCGAAGGGUAGGGUCGUGGCGUUUGGGAGCAUGCAAACUAGUGGGGUGUCUAUCUUGGUCCACACCAUCAUCUUCUUUGGACUCAUCACCAUAUUUCUACUUGCUAUUGGUGUGCAUAUCUACUCUGGAUAAUUAACAUCCUCAUCAUUGGCUUUUUUAUUUUAUUUUAUUUUAUUAUUAUUCUGAUUUAAAUUAUUUAUGUUGUAUUUCUAAGAUGUAAUAAAGGAUUGGUGACUUUCUUCUAUCAUUUCUCU